AUGAGGUUCGGUUGGCUAGAGGUCGCCGCUGUGACGGCUCUUUCUGUAGCUAAUGCUCAGGAAUUGGCUUUCUCUCCGCCAUUCUACCCUUCACCUUGGGCUGAUGGCCAGGGAGAGUGGGCGGAUGCCCAUCGGCGCGCCGUCGAGAUCGUUUCUCAGAUGACACUGGCGGAGAAGGUUAACCUUACAACCGGUACUGGAUGGGAAAUGGACCGAUGUGUCGGUCAAACCGGCAGCGUUCCCAGACUUGGUAUCAACUGGGGUCUUUGUGGCCAGGAUUCCCCUUUGGGUAUCCGUUUCUCUGAUCUCAAUUCCGCCUUCCCUGCUGGUACUAAUGUCGCCGCGACGUGGGACAAGACACUCGCCUACCUUCGUGGAAAGGCCAUGGGUGAGGAAUUCAACGACAAGGGCGUUGACAUUCUGCUGGGGCCUGCUGCUGGUCCUCUCGGCAAAUACCCCGACGGUGGUCGAAUUUGGGAAGGCUUCUCUCCUGAUCCGGCUCUCACUGGUGUACUUUUUGCCGAAACUAUCAGAGGUAUUCAAGAGGCGGGUGUGAUUGCUACUGCCAAGCAUUACAUCCUGAAUGAACAGGAGCAUUUCCGACAGGUUAGCGAGGCCCAGGGAUAUGGAUACAACAUCACGGAGACUCUCAGCUCCAAUGUGGAUGACAAGACCAUGCACGAGUUGUACCUUUGGCCCUUUGCAGAUGCUGUGCGCGCUGGCGUUGGCGCCGUCAUGUGUUCCUACAACCAGAUCAAUAACAGCUACGGUUGCCAAAACAGUCAGACCCUCAACAAGCUCCUCAAGGCCGAGCUGGGCUUCCAGGGCUUCGUCAUGAGUGAUUGGAGCGCUCACCACAGCGGUGUCGGCUCUGCCCUCGCUGGGUUGGAUAUGUCGAUGCCCGGAGACAUUACCUUCGACGACGGCCUCUCCUUCUGGGGCACGAACCUGACUGUCGGUGUUCUUAACGGCACCAUUCCGGCUUGGCGUGUCGAUGACAUGGCUGUUCGUAUCAUGACCGCGUACUACAAGGUUGGCCGUGACCGUCUCCGUAUUCCCCCUAACUUCAGCUCCUGGACCCGGGAUGAGUACGGCUGGGAGCAUAUUGCUGUCUCCGAGGGAGCCUGGACCAAGGUCAACGACUUUGUCAAUGUGCAGCGCAGUCACUCCCAGAUCAUCCGUGAGAUUGGCGCGGCUAGUACAGUGCUCUUGAAGAACAAGGGUGCUCUUCCUUUGACCGGCAAGGAGGUUAAAGUGGGUAUUCUCGGCGAAGACGCUGGUUCCAACCCGUGGGGUGCUAACGGCUGCCCCGACCGCGGCUGUGACAACGGCACUCUUGCUAUGGCCUGGGGUAGUGGUACUGCUAACUUCCCUUACCUUGUUACCCCCGAGCAGGCUAUCCAGCGCGAGGUCAUCAGCAACGGCGGCAGUGUCUUUGCAGUAACUGACAACGGAGCUCUCAGCCAGAUGGCGGAUGUCGCAUCUCAAUCCAGUGUGUCUUUGGUGUUUGUCAACGCCGACUCCGGUGAGGGGUUCAUCAACGUCGACGGCAACGAGGGUGACCGCAAAAAUCUCACUCUUUGGAAGAACGGCGAAGCCGUCAUUGACACUGUUAUCAGCCACUGCAACAACACGAUUGUGGUUAUUCACAGUGUCGGGCCUGUAUUGAUCGACCGGUGGUAUGACAACCCCAACGUCACCGCCAUCAUCUGGGCCGGCUUGCCCGGUCAGGAGAGUGGCAACUCCCUCGUCGACGUGCUCUAUGGCCGUGUCAACCCCAGCGCCAAGACCCCAUUUACCUGGGGCAAGACUCGCGAGUCUUACGGUGCUCCCUUGCUCACCGAGCCUAACAAUGGCAACGGCGCUCCCCAGGAUGAUUUCAAAGAGGGCGUCUUCAUCGACUACCGUUACUUCGACAAACACAACGAGACCCCCAUUUAUGAGUUUGGCCAUGGCUUGAGCUACACCACCUUUGGUUAUUCCCACCUCCGGGUUCAGGCCCUCAAUAGUUCGAGUUCGGCAUAUGUCCCGACUAGCGGAGAGACCAAGCCUGCGCCAACUUAUGGCGAGAUCGGUAGUGCCGCCGACUACCUGUAUCCCGAGGGUCUCAAGAGGAUCACCAAGUUUAUUUACCCUUGGCUUAACUCGACUGACCUCAAGGAUUCUUCUGACGACCCGAACUACGGCUGGGAGGACUCGGAGUACGUUCCCGAAGGCGCUACGGAUGGUUCUCCUCAACCCCUCCUGAAGGCUGGCGGCGCUCCUGGUGGCAAUCCCACCCUUUAUCACGAUCUUGUUAGGGUAUCGGCCACUAUCACCAACACAGGCAACGUCGCCGGUUAUGAAGUUCCUCAAUUGUAUGUUUCCCUGGGCGGACCGAAUGAGCCUCGGGUCGUUCUGCGCAAGUUCGACCGAAUCUUCCUGGCUCCAGGGGAGCAAAAGGUCUGGACCACGACUCUUAACCGUCGUGAUCUCGCCAACUGGGAUGUGGAGGCUCAGGACUGGGUCAUCACCAAGCACCGCAAGAAAGUGCACGUCGGCAGCUCCUCGCGUAAGCUGCCUCUGAGAGCGCCUCUGCCCCCUGUCUACUAG